AUGGGCGCUAAACAAAAGGGCGGAGGCGCAAAGCCUAAGUCGAAUGCGACAGAGGAAGUGGAGGAGACGCUGCAGGCUGUGGUCUUGGCUGAUACAUUCGAAGCUCGGUUUGAACCAUUUACGCUCGACAAGCCACGGUGUCUAUUACCGCUAGCCAACACCCCGAUAAUCGAAUACACUUUGGAGUUCUUGGCCAAUGCUGGUGUAGAAGAUGUCUUUUCUCUAUGCAGGAGCCCACUCAGACCAGUUGGAGAAAUAUAUCAACAGUUGACCUUCCUCAAAUCAAACUCCACCUCCGUCGGCGAUGUCAUGCGUGACCUGGAUGGCAAGCAUCUCAUCACGGGCGACUUCAUCGUCGUGAGCGGAGAUGUCAUCAGCAAUCUCCCCAUCGAGGCUGCUUUAACGAAGCACCGCUCUCGCCGAGCAGCCGAUAAAAACGCCAUUAUGACAAUGGUUCUACGCGAGGCUGGCCGAAAUCACCGCACCAAAUCCUCGUCCGUCUCUCCCGUGUUCGUCAUUGAUCCCACCAAGGAUCGAUGCCUCCACUACGAAGAGAUCGACCACCACUCAGCCGAGCGGCCGGCUCGUUUAAACAUCGAUGCUGAAAUCAUCCUCACCCAUCCAGAACUAGAUAUUCGCCAAGAUCUGAUCGACUGCAGCAUCGAUAUCUGCACUCCAGAUGUGCUGAGUCUAUGGUCUGACAGCUUUGACUACCAAUCGCCUCGCAAGCACUACCUCUUCGGCGUCCUGAAGGAUUACGAACUGAACGGCAAGACCAUCCACACACACAUCAUCAAGGAGGACUACGCCGCUCGAGUCCGCAACCUGAAGGCCUACGAUGCUAUUACCAAAGACAUCAUCUCCCGCUGGACCUACCCGCUCUGCCCGGAUACUAAUCUUCUGCCUGGACACACCUUUGAUCUUCGCAAGGGUAGCUUAUACCAGGAGAAGGGCGUCACAUUGGCACGGUCCUGCGUGGUAGGUCGCCGUACAGUUAUUGGCAAGGGUACCAGCAUCGGAGACCGAACAACGGUCCACAAUACCGUUCUGGGCCGGAACUGUAAGAUUGGAAAGAACGUCAAGUUAGAUGGAGCUUACGUCUGGGAUAAUGUGGUUAUUGGAGAGAAUGCCGAUAUCCGCGGCGCUAUCAUUGCGGACGAUGUGGUUUUGGGCAAGAACUGCACUGUGGAAGCGGGUGCUCUGUUGUCCUUCGGCGUCAGGAUCGCCGACAACGUGAAAGUCGAGAGUGGAAAACGUAUUACCAAGUCACGACGGGACGGAGGCGUCGCGCCAAGCGAUCCUGAGGUCGUCGGUGCUGAGGGUCUGGGUCACGAGUAUAUUCAGGGAGCAGACGACGAGGAUGAAGAUGAAGACGAUAUCAGCGUUGCCUCAUCAGGCCUUGUCUAUCGCCUUCCUGACCUCUCACUUUCAUCUGCGUCGAUAUCGACAUUGUCUUCUGAGAUCUCGGAAGGCUCCUGGGCAGGGUCUGGACGCAGUAGUUUCUCCGAGGGUGAGGACGAGGGCCAGGACAGUUUCCACAACGAUGCAUCGGCCAGUCUCUACGAUAGUCUGCGUGAUGGAGUAUCGGCGGAUGUGGUUCAACUGGAGCUUGUCAGUCUUCGCAUGACAGCCAAUGCCUCCGAUGUCCAAGUGCGGCGUGCGAUUGUGGCUUCGUUCAUGAAGCACAUCCAGCAGCUCAUGGAUGGUGGCAAGGGUGCUAGCAAUGCGGUGCACGAAGUCUUCUCCAGAUACCGAGAGGUCAUUGACCGAACGCUGUUCGACCGCAACAAGGACGAGAAGAAGGAUCAAGUAGAUCUCCUGCUCCAAUUGCAGCAAGACUUGGUGCACCGCACCAAGGGUGACACCAUUUUGCUUUUCAUUGCCAAGGAGCUCUAUGAACUGGAACUCGUUGAUGAGGAAGCCUAUGAACAAUGGUGGGACUCUGAGGCCUCCAGCAGCACAGAGGAGAUGCGCACUGUGCGCAGCCAGGCCCAGCAGUUUGUGGAUUGGCUGGCUAAUGCGGAAGAAGAGAGCAGCGAGGAGGAGGAUAGCGACGAUGAGUAA